CCAGAUACUCUUCGUCAGUCAAAUCCACAGUGUCAAAUUCCUGACAGAUAUAUGAUAUUUUCCCCAUAAUGGACUCUUUAUCGAAAGAUAUAUUUGACGAGUUGAAGGAGGAGUUCCAAAAAUUGAAACAUCCCCAACUUGACAAAAAUGAAGUACAAGAAAAAUCUAAUCAAGAUUCAGUGUCAAAACUAGAUGAGAUCCUAUCGAAACUCAAGAAAGAUUCACCUGAUUAUAUCAAGAUACUGGCCAUGGUCGUUUCUAUUCUGUACGAAAAAGCUAAAAUGGCUCUCCACGAAAAAACUCUCGAGAAGUCAAAAGAAUUUCUGGAAAAGGGACUUGAUCUCAUCAAGGAAGACAUUGACAACCCUCAGAUCACUUUUGUCUACUUGAGGAUCAUCAACUAUCUUUCCUACGUUGUUUCUAGGAUGGGAGACUUGGAGAGAGCUCGGACUCUUCUCGAAGCAGUCGUGAGCAAAGAACUUUUGUCUGAACCGAUAGUUUACAGCACCGAAGAUCUUUUUAACGUUAAGAAAUCUGAUCCAAGGACUAAUAAGGUCAAAAUCCAGAAAUUAAUGAUCAAUAACAUGCAGAUGUUAGGUUGGAUUUACGGCAGGCAAGGCUUGGGAGAUCAAUACGCUGAUAUGAUCCAUAGGAGUUUGCAAAAGGAGCUCGAUUUGAACGAUGGAGAUCCCAUCCAGUGGGCUACGAGGUGCUCUAAGCUGGCUUUCCUCUUUCUUUCGCAGGAUAAAUGGGACAACGCGCGAUAUCAUUUGACAGCAGCACAGGGUGUGCUUGAUCCUUUGGAAAUUGGACUAAUGCCUAGUCCGGCACUUUUCAAGGCACAGGCGGAAUUGGCUAGAAUUUGGGUCAAUUACGGAUUGCAGAUUUUCAGCGUCAGUAAAAAAUCGUUUCUGGAGAAUAUAUGGAACGAGUCCAAAGAAACACCCAAGUCAGAUGAAGCAUUGGUCGAGGAAGAAAAAUUUAGGUUUUCCGGAUUAGAGGUGAACCUACCACGGGUGCCUAUAAAACAAAUAGAGAAGAUCGAAGACGCCAGAGAACUUUUCUCACAUACACACAGAUGGUUGAAAAGAGCACGCUUGUAUUACACUCUUAGAGAUUAUCCUAUGCAGUACGUUAAUAUUAUCCUAGAACUGAGCGAGCUUUAUCGGUAUUUGGCUUUUUAUGAGAAAGAUUUGGAUUCCCAAUAUGAAGUUCACAAGAAAAGGUACGAGACCCUGGAAACCCUCAGCGACAUCUUGCGAGAGGUGCGUCCAAGCUGCUACACGUCCGUCAGCGUUGAAAUUAUCAGAGAGAUAAUGGAAGUCCAGAUAGAACUAAUGAACCUGAACCUUAAGAAACUCUAUAAUCCCGGAGGAGAAACACCUGCAAACGGAACGGAUUUGCAGAAACGUAUUGCAGCAGUUGCUCACAUUAAUGCAAAAAUCGAGAGUUUGUGCAACGUUGAUGAUAGUUCUUCCAAGGCUACCGUGGAAGACAAUAUAGAUAUCGAUAAAGGAUUGGGUGAAGAUACUGAUGAGAGAAAUGACAGAGAUAAUCCGAGAGGUGCAGUGAAUCAUAGUUCUGGGGAAGGAGAAGCAACAGUUCAAGAAAAACCCGUGUAACUUUUUUUAAAUGUUUAAUAUCUGUUAUAUUAUUAUUUUCUGAGAUAUACUUCAUUUACAAUAAUAGUAACUGUUAUUAAAAGCAAAUUUUUAAA